AAACCAUGUUACUCUGAGAAUCACAAUCUUAUAUUCACAUCCUAGUUGUCCUCAAAUUUCCUCAAAAUAUUGUCUUCAUCUGUACUGCAAAUAGGCCUAAAACUGCAAGAAAAAUAGCCAAAAAACAGGAAGAAUCUUUAGUAAUACAGACAGCACAGAAAGAUGAUCCACUGAUUUGCUGUCCAUUUUGACCCAAUAAAUAUAUUAUCGACCCUAACAUGCAGAUCCUUCAAUGGCUUUUCAAGAUAGCAGAUGAACAUCCAAGAGAGCCCAAUUCUAGUCACACCACCAAGAAACAAGGUGUUCGUCAUGACCAGAAAGUUCAGUCAAGAGAUGUAGUCGUGUUCACGGCUAGGAAAAGACAUCGAAAAAGAGUAGAAAAAAGCAAAUUGAACUGCAAUAACUUGAAUCUGUUCUAUAUAUUUCGCAAAAAGGACAUUGCAAAGGCUUGUUUCUAUCACUUCUUGAAUUUGAAAAGGUUGGGGAGUUUUAGGAGAAGGCAGCAGCAUUCAAGGCAUCCAAUGAAGAUGAAAAAAGAAGACUUUGCAAGAGGGCUAGGAAUUACUCACAAAACAGAUUCUGGUUCUCAUGUAGGCAAUAAGGUUUUGCCAAUUACUGAUACAGCAAAGGCGUCGACUACAAAUAACAUGAACGAAUACUCUAAUGUCAAAAAGAAAGAAAAAUCGAAGGGCGAUAAGAAUAAAACCGUUUCUAAGAUGAAGGAACUGCUGAAAUGGGCAGCUGCAGCCAAGUCUGAGAAGGGGGGAAAGUACAUUGGGAGAAAGGUCUUGCAGUUUCGAAAUCGAGCAGCUUUAAAAGCUGAACCAGAUGAUGAUCAACUAAGCAAAGAAUCCCCUAAGAUCAGUUUCAGAUGGGAUUUAGAGAGUUGCUCCACUACUGCUUCCAGUGCUUCAGCUUCAGGGCUUCGGCCACUUACACGGUACUUCCACUUCAGCACUUCUGCUUUAGGGCUUCGGCCACUAACAUUAUGCUUCAAUUUCAAGAUUUUGGCCACUUACACAGUGCUUUCACUUCAGGGUUUCAGCUACUAUGUAGAUUUAGAGUUUCUGUCACUUACACAGUGCUUCCACUUUAAGACUUCAACUGCUUACACAUUGCUUCAGCUUUAG